UAGGUGGCGCUAUAAACCAACAGUUAGAACCGCCUUAGAAACUAGUGAAGAAGAAGAAGAAGAAGAAGAACCUGCGGCGGCGCGGGAAACAUGAACACGGUGCAUUAUGGGCUCAUCUCUGCUUUCUGUUGCUGAGCAGCUUUUGAAAGACCUUCAGAGAACUUACUCCGAGACAAACCAGAUACCAGAUGACCUACUGAUAGCAUUGCGGUUUGUGUUUGGCCAGUGUGCUCUUCAGGCGUUGGACCUGGUGGACCAGCGCUCUGUCACAUGUGUGUCAUCACCCAGCGGUCGAAAAGCAUUUCAGGUCUUAGGUGGAUCGGGGCGUCUGUACACAUGCUUCACGUCCUGUCACUACUGCCCAUGUCCUGCCUUCUCUUUCUCUGUGCUUCGGAGAAACGAGAGUCUGAUGCGCCAGCUCUCCUCUACACUCAGGGCACAUGAAUGGAGGAAAGAGUGGAUUAGUUGUGGCAUGACAACAACCCGCUGGCAUCCUCAUCCCCAUCUCCCUCUCUCUUUCUUUCACCCCUUCAUUCUAUUCCACACACAAAUCCCUCCUUUAACCCUUCUUCAGCUGUCAGAGCUCUGCCAACAGGAUCCAGUUUAGGUAAAAACAGUUCUCAACACAUGUGAGCAGGUGCAUGAAAACAAUAGUUUACCAUAAAAAUAAGAAACAUUGCAGAGUGGUGGAACGUAAGGGAAAGGCAAGGCUCAUCACAUUUUAUGACGGUAUAAAUGUAUAAACAUAUAUAUUUCUUAGCAAUUGACUAAAAUGUGUUUGUUAUGAAAUGUUUAAAAUUUACAUAAUUACUAAAACUAAAAACUAGAACUAAAAAAAAGUUAAUUUAGAUCAUUGCUUUUUUUCUUCUUUUGUGUCACAGAAAGUCAGUCCAAUUCCUUUGGAAUGGCGUAACCAUUUGAUUAGUAGUUAAGAACAUUGUCCCGGACCCACAGUGUGAAAAGAAAAAUCAUUAAUGGAUUUUUUCCCACCAUUUAAAAAAAAAAAAAAUCAAUACGUUGACCUGUAAUGCAUCACUAGUUCAUCAAUCCACUUUGCUCUCACUUGAUUAUGACAAAUCAAAAAGGGUCACUGAAUGCUUAAUAACACCAAUAAAUAACUUACUAAGACUUAAUGAAGAUAUACAAAUUCCGUCAGCAUUUACAAACCAUGUCAUUCUAAUGGCUUUCUUUUUUUAUGCAGAAAAAACUAAAAGGUAGAAAAUUUGGUACCUUAACGGUUUUGUUGAAAAUGUAUGGAAUCCUUAAAUGUGUAUGUGU